GAGUUGCAGCUGAACCACCGCAGCGAAACGGAAGCGCGCCUGAUUCCCUACAAUCUCCAUACUCGCCGUCGAUUCUGUCAUGGCCGACGCCGUUAGAGUGGGCCGAGCUCAAGACGUUCCGACUCCCAACCGUUACGGCAUGAUCGGAAGCGUUCUGAUAGACCUCCGCAAAUUCGCCGUCGAUUCCGCUGUCAAUAUUUCCAUCAAAGGGGUCACCGGAGGAAAAAGAGUCUACAAGAUUAUGCAGGAAAGAUUAAUAGAUCGCCCCUCACCCUGUUUAAACGAGAAAAAGAAGCCAGAAGAUUGCAGGCUCGUGGAGAAAAUGCGAGUGAAAAUAGAAGAAAUAGAGGAAGAAAUGGACAAUAUCAAGCAACAAAGUAUGCCAUCGGCUAAAACCGUGGGUGUAUCAGAGCCUCUGAAGAAGACACCCAAUGGAGGCAAAAAGGAAUUAGAUUUUGAGAACGAUAACAGGAAAAGAAUUUUCAUUCGUUCCCGACUAUAAAACUGUGCGAUUCAGUCUAGCGAUCAUAGCAUCUGAAUCUUUAAAUUCAUGCAAUCUAAAUAGUAGUAUUGUCUUGAGAUUAUGCUUUGUAUUGUUAAUUUACUUCUGGAGCCUAGAUUUGGGACGUAUGUUGUUUAUCUUGAACACCAGAUCAUAAAGGAUAUGUAUAUUGGCGUUGAUUAGAACGA